GCAUAUACUUUUAGGGUAUGCACUUGUGAUUUGACAGCUAACCUAAAAGUACUUGUAAAUAAAGUUAAAAAUAAAACCAUCAACUAUAAUUAUAUUUAUUGGCCUUAGCUGGUAAAGUGAAAUUAUUACAAAAAGGUUGUAUCCCUUAAAAUAAGUUUUAAAAAAUGGCCAGUGGAAAAGGAACCUAUCAACCGGAUUCCGACGUGCACAUUUCAUUUGAAGAUCAACAAAAAAUUAACAAAUUCGCUCGCCUUAAUGCCAAAGCUGAUGAUAUUAAAGAUGAACUGAAAGUUAAGCAAAAUGAUAUUAAAAAUUUAGAGGAAGCUGUUGAGGAAUUGGCUCUGACUGAUGAUUCAGAAAAAAUUCCUUUCUUAGUUGGAGAAGUUUUUAUUUGCCAAAGUCUGGAAGAUACACUGAAAUCAUUGGAGGAUAUGAAAUGUAAAAAGCAAAAUGAAAUAGUUGAUUUAGAGCUGAGAUGCGAAGAGUUAAAAUCUCAAAUGAGUGAGCUCAAAGCACAUUUAUAUGGGAAAUUUGGAAGCCACAUUAACUUAGAAAAUGAAGAAGAUUAAUCUCAAUAUUAUUCUGCCUAAUAUAUUUUGCUACUAAUAUGUUGUCUUCUAUUUCACCUAGACUAGCCUUGUGAUUUUAUUAUAUGAUUGUUUUAUAAUAUUUCAGUAAUGGUUAAACAGAAUCAUGUAUGGAUGAACAUAUAUAAAGUUAGUUUACACAAUUGGAAUAUGCUUGAGUUAGUACUUUAAUUGUUAUUAAUGACAAAACACUACCUCUUCCAGCCAUUUCAGUCGCUCUUAUAUGGAAAUACUUGUUAUAUAUUAACAUCACAAUUCCUUCUAUUUAUAAACAAUUUGUCUAGACUAUAAAUUACAUAGUUGGUCAAACCAAAUUGUAGUGCUUAUACUCUUCAAGUUUGAGUUAUGAAUAAACUAAGAUUGUAAAAACCACAUUAUUUCCUUUUAAUUUUUAAAAAAUAACUUGUUUUCUGAUGGUUUAUAAAAAGAUAAAUUAUGUAUUAGCUUAAAUAAAACAAUAAUUGCACUAA